AUGUUUGGAAAAUCUGCCUUGAGAGGUGCCAGACACUUCGCCACUACAUUAAGCCGGCCUUCCUAUAUAGGAAGUGCUCCCAUCAGGUUGGCCGAAGGCAUGGAGUGUUUCACGGAAGCAGUUCCGUUUGAGUUCUCCAAGUCCUUCACCAAAGGGAAACACACCAUUUCUUUGAACAAGCAGAUCGUGGUGAAAGGUCCCAAGGGUGUUUUGAAGACCGCCGUGCCGGACUUUGUUUCCAUCACAAACGAGAACAACAUUGUCAAUGUGAGUGUGGAGAACCCGGACGACAAGGUGCAAAGAUCCAUGUGGGGAACUUCGAGAGCCUUGAUCCAGAACAACGUUAUCGGCACAUCCGAGGGACACUUGGCCAUCGUGAAGUUUGUCGGCACUGGUUACAGAGCGGCGAUCGAGAAGGAGGGCGAAGAUACCGUGGUGAGUCUAAAAGUGGGGUACCCAUUUACGCCGAGAUUGAAGGUGCCAAGCGGCUUGACCGUCACGUCGCCAAACCCAACCAGAUUGUUGAUUGAGGGCACCGACAAGCAGCAGGUGAAGUUGUUUGCUGCGCGGAUCAGAGAGUUCAGAAAGCCGGAGCCAUAUAAGGGAAAGGGUAUUUUCGUCGACGAUGAGACGAUCAAGUUGAAGCAGAAGAAGAUCAAGUAG